AUGCCGGAAAUAAAGUGGCGUCAUAUACCCACGCGCGAGAAUCUCGCCGACUGCGCGUCGCGGGGAAUUCUAGUCGAAGAAUUAAUCAACCAUCAACUUUGGUGGUCGGGUCCCUCGUGGCUAAGUCAAAGUUCAAUUUUCUGGCCAAAUCCUCGACCGAUAGAUUCGCCAGAACGUCACAUCGAUGACACGGCCGUGCUUACAAAACAACGAUCGUCCGCGAAGAUGCACGUUGCGAAAGAUGACGAGAUGUGGCAGAUUCUUGUUCAAUUUUCAUCCUGGGGUAAGUUACUCCGAGUUACUGCCUUCUUAUUUCAUUGGUUGAGUAAAUACCGUGCUCGCCGACGUGACAAUAAGAUUCCGUCAAAUUUACAUUUCGCCGACCGGAUUCAGGAGGCUCGCGAUUUUUGGAUACGACAAGUCCAGAGGGAUCGUUUCGCCGUCGAAAUACGAACGCUACAAGCAAAUGAGCCACUUCCGCGAUCGAGCUCACUAAAAUCGCUCAAUCCGUUUCUCGAUGGAAAGGACCAGUUGCGUCUUGGCGGGCGGUUACGACAUUCAUUUAUUUCAUACAACGAACGCUUUCCGUUAAUUCUACCGCGCCAUCAUAUCAGCGAGCUAAUAAUCGAUCAAGCUCAUUUACGAUCGCUUUACGGAGGCCUUCAGUUAACCCUCCGAAUUCUACGCCAGAAUUAUUGGAUUCUUGGUGCGAGAUCGCUCGUCAAAUCUAGAUUAAAUCAAUGCAUCACCUGUGUUCGCGAACGCGCCAUUACAGCCAGUCAACCGAUGGGAGACCUACCGUCUCCUCGAGUCAAUCCGUCUCCGCCUUUUUCACACUGCGGAGUGGACUACGCUGGUCCCUUUCCAGUGAUCUCUUACGUGAGACGAGAUCAGAGAUCACGGAAAUACUACGUCACGCUGUUCAUCUGUCUCGCGACGCGCGCGAUCCAUCUCGAAUACGUCGACGAUUACGCUACUUCCGGAUUCGUCGCGGCCUUUAAACGUUUCGACGCGGUCUGUCGUCGGACGUCUAUAACGACAACGGGACGAAUUUCCAAGGUGCCGAUAAUGAACUUCGUCGCGCCUUUAUCGCCACUAUGA